UUGCGGCGCGGUGUGUGCGACUCGAGGGCAGGGAGAAAGCGCUGAAGAAAGUCGGUGGAAGGAAAGGAGAAGGAUCAGUGCGAGCGUGUACAUCGAGAGGGCAGGGUCUCUAUCAUUCAGUAGCGCAGAGAGACAUAACUCGUGGUGUCGAGUUUCGGAGAACCUCCGCGUGGUAUACGCACACGCCAUCCUAAGAAUAUAUAUAAUCCUCGUUACGUAUACGCACACCGUGUGUGUGUAGUGAUCGCGUGUGUUGCCACGAGCGUGUUCCACGCCCGGCUAAAGUGAAUCGGAGGAAUCAACGAAAAAAACGGGAGCUUUGUACCCGGAAAAUCGUUUUCGAUCGUGUAGAAGCAUUUUUUUCUGCUCGUUGUAACACGAGAGUACAAGUAACUUCGCCAAGGCGAUCCAAACAAUAUUUGAUAGACGAUCGAAAAUCGAACGGAUGUCGCACAAAAUGCAAAACCAAGGAGCGCCGGUUCACGGGGGCAAUUUUCAGAGAACACCGAUGCGCCCAAUGAUCGCGGAAUACGACCCAAAGAAGCACGGUGUGAAAACAGAACUCUCAGACAUGGUUCUUGUCAAAUACAAGUGCGAGAAAAAUGACGUACCGAUUACCGUCACGAACGGCUCGACGUUGCCGCUCGUGGAACGACCGAACGACGAAGAGGCGGCCCUGUAUAAUCCGUUCGAGCACAGGAAACUGGCCCACCCGACCUCCGAUAUGGACACGCUGAUCCAUCUGCUGAAGGGCAGCCUGGGUACCGGCAUACUGGCGAUGCCGAUGGCCUUUCGUAACGCUGGUCUACUCUUCGGCCUGUUCGCCACGUUCUUCAUCGGCGCUGUUUGCACCUAUUGCGUGCAUAUACUGGUGAAGUGCGCCCACGAUCUAUGCAGGCGGACCCAGACGCCUAGCUUGGGAUUCGCGGAUGUCGCCGAGGCGGCCUUUCUUGUCGGUCCUGAACCGGUACAGAAGUAUGCUCGUCUGGCGAAAGCGACGAUCAAUUCGUUUCUCGUGAUCGACUUGAUAGGUUGCUGCUGCGUGUACAUAGUCUUCAUCUCGACGAAUGUCAAGGAAGUGGCCGACUAUUACACGGAUAGCGAUCGUGACGUCAGGUUAUACAUGGCAGCUCUGCUGCCUCUGUUGAUCGCCUUCUCACUUGUGAGGAACCUGAAAUACCUGGCGCCAUUCUCCAUGAUCGCAAACAUUCUGAUCGCCACUGGAAUGGGGAUCACGUUCUACUACAUUUUCAGCGAUCUGCCCAGUAUCAGCGAACUGCCGAAUUUCUCGAGCUGGUCUCAGUUACCUCUGUUCUUCGGCACGGCCAUCUUCGCCCUGGAAGGCAUCGGUGUUGUGAUGCCCCUUGAGAACAACAUGAAGACCCCAACCCACUUCAUCGGCUGCCCAGGUGUCCUGAACACCGGUAUGUUCUUCGUGGUACUGUUAUACAGCACGGUCGGUUUCUUCGGUUACUGGCGAUACGGGGAGGAGACAAAAGCAUCGAUCACCCUGAACCCGAACGAGAGCGAGAUCCUUGCCCAAUCCGCCAAAUUGAUGAUCGCUGUCGCGAUCUUUCUGACUUACGGUCUGCAGUUCUACGUACCUAUGGAGAUCAUCUGGAAGAAUCUGAAACAGUACUUCGGCUCGCGGAAACUGCUCGGCGAGUACAUGAUCCGUAUCUGUCUGGUGAUCUUCACGGUUGCCGUGGCGAUCGCGAUCCCGAACCUGGGCCCGUUCAUAUCUCUGGUGGGCGCCGUUUGUCUCUCCACGCUCGGUCUGAUGUUCCCGUCGGUAAUCGAGCUGGUCACCGUCUGGGAACAGGAGAACGGUCUUGGCGCAUUCUAUUGGAAGCUCUGGAAGAACUUGGCGAUCAUCGCGUUCGGCGUGCUCGGCUUCCUGACCGGCACCUACGUCAGCAUCCAGGAGAUCCUCGAAUCGAAGUGAAGCGCCGGGUUCGAAGGAGCUGCGGUGCGACGGAAUAAUCGCUCAGUGCGUACCAUAGAUGGCGGCGUGCUCGACACCGUCCGCGCUCGUCGCGAGCUGCCUCUCGUCGGGCGAACAAGGACGACACCUAGGAUGGACGGUGGGGCCAGCCGACACAGCCGCCGCCGCUGAAGCGUCCAGGACGAGUUACCGCGGCCACGCGAGCUCCGAAACUUCUAGCUUCGUCUCGCUGCUUCUCUUUCAAUAACGGUAUAUAGCACGACGACCGUACCGGACGACGAAGACGUCACGUGUAGAAUGUGCCACCGCCUCUUAUGGCGUUUCAGUUUAUCAUUAACCCUGUACACCCUUUUAUCUUCUACUCCUUUCUUUCUUUCUUUUUUUUUUUCAAUCGUAGACAGAGGUAGUUGUUGUCGUUGCACGCUGAAAGGAGCUCGUGUAUUGAAUAGUUGUUGGACAACGUUUGCUUCCUGAUUGAACUGCGGAUGUUUAUGCAGGUCGGGUAUGUUUUGAGACGAUCCCUUUUUAAGGGAGAAGAAUGAAACCGUGGUGUACAAUGUGGGCCGUUUAUAUCUGCCAAUAUAGAAUAUCUCUGAUGUUUGUAGGGUUGUGUACGAUGUAGAAGCUGUAAGGCGCGCCAUCUUUGUUUGUGAAUUAGGACACACAAUUACAUACACUAUUUUAUUAAUCGUAAUAUGCACACCAAUAAAUUGCAUAAUUUCAUACAAGGCACUUCGUCGUAUCGCUAGAAGCAGCGGACGUAUUUUAUGUGCAAGAAAUAAACGGACCACCCUGUACACGCUUUCUGACAAAAAGUAAAAAUCGAAGCAAUUAUUCAGAGACUGUGUAAUGUAUACUUUUUUUAAUCACUUAGUGUGCAAAUGUUUGAAACGAGAGAAACAUAUACAGUUUAGUCUACAGAAUCAUACAGGACUAUGUGAAAUCGAUAUUUAUUAAUUAUACAGUUUUUGUGUAGCAGUAUUUUCUACCGAGAGUAUUGAAUGGGUCAAAGAGGGUGAAAAAUAGAUUGAAUCAUCAUUUUAUAGUAUUUGACACAAUUUUAUACAUUGUACUUGCGUAAAGUCUGCAGUCUAUUUGUGACAAAGUAUAUUGACUCGAUGGAGACUGUUGAGAUGAAAACACAUUUCUAGACAAGAAUAUCGGCUUACUCCAUGCCAAUUUUCGUGAAUUUGCUGGAACAUAAUGUUUUGCCUUGCAAAAUAUAAUUUUAUAAGAAAUUCAUAUAUAUCAAGUUUGUUGACCAUACUGCAGAUGUUUAUACAGACUUUUAUGUCUAAUGACGAUUCUCCAGAAAUCAGGAUCAAAGAAGAAAGAAUUACCUCAAUUAACAGUCAGAUCAGCUCCCAUAAAGGUUCUCCAAAGUCGAGACUUUCUUUCA